AUGCGCCAGCGAUAUGCGCAGGGCAAUGCAAUCGAACGAGAGGAUGUAUGUGAAGAGACGAAAUGUGAGGGUUGUAGGGAGAAGUUGAUGACCGAAGGAAAGGAGGGUGUUGUGGAGGUGAGUGAGUGUGUGAGAGAGAAAGAGGAAGCGGAAGCGCUGGCCGGAGUGAAGGUUGUCGAUGACGGCAAAUGCGGAGCGGAGCCUCCUCGAGCAGGUGCGAUUGCUGGCACUGCGGGCAGGUGCGACUGGCCGGGCCUGGCCUGGCUUGGCCUGUGA